UUUCAGGAUUUGAAAGUUGAAACCCCGAACCAACUGUUCGGUUCCAACACUAGUUCAGUUCGGAACAGGGACACACCUAAGGCUACAGUAAAUACUUUUGUGAAUCGUACACGCCAAGUACGACAGCGCCUGGGCUCGGAACAGCAACGGUAGCUUACAUGUAUACCUUAGUCCUCGUGACUAAAGUGGUGCUUUACCGGAUAUUUCGCCCCGCCUUAAGGCGGGAAUUCUCUCUUUUUUCACAUGCUCCAGAGGCCUGCAGAGUCGAAGCUUCCUAUAAGUUCCCUUCCCAGCAAUCCCAGCCCAUCCCCUACCAUCCUCAAGCAGCUCGGCAAGCAAUGGAAGAUCCUUCACCAACGCCAAGACAUGAGAUCAAAGAAACCCAUACGAUAUCAGCUGUCAUAUUUGAUUUGGAUGGUACCCUUUUGAACACAGAGCAGGUGGCAAAGGCUGUGUUUAAGGAUUUUUUGGCUAAAUUUGGGAAAGUCCCAGAUAGGGAGAAGGAAAGUAAAAGGAUGGGGUUGGUUCAGAGAGAGGCUGUCAGUUCCAUAAUCGAAGACUACGAUCUUCCACUGACACCUGAUCAGUAUAUAAAGGAUAUCUUACCCUUACAUCUGGGAAAGUGGGCGCUAGCAAAACCACUUCCUGGAGCCAACCGCCUUAUGAGUCAUCUCCAUAAGAAAGGAGUUCCAUUCGCACUUGCUUCGAAUUCUGUAAGGAGAAACAUCGAGGGGAAACUCUCUUACCAUGAAGGAUGGAAAGAACGCUUUGCGGUGAUUCUCGGAAGUGACCAAGUUAGAUUAGGGAAACCUGCCCCAGACAUAUUUCGUGAAGCUGCAAAGAGGAUGAACGUAGAUGCAGCAAAUUGUCUUGUGAUAGAGGACUCGGUAGUUGGAGUCAAAGCAGCAAAAGCUGCUGGAAUGAAGGUAGUUGCUGUGCCAUCAGUAAAUAUUGGAAUCCAUCAGUUUUCUGUUGCUGAUUAUGUGCUGCAUUCCAUUCUUGAGUUACAGCCUGAAAUUUGGGGUCUUCCACCGUUUGCGGACUUGGUAGAUAAUGUGUUGCCAGUUGAACCCAUUUCUUUCAAAGGCUUCUACAGCAAUGGACUUCUCAAUGAAUCCACAGAUGAUAUGUUGGCUGGUCUGCCUGAUCAAGUUUUCGGGAUUUAUAUGGGAUGGGCAAAAAUCUACUCAAACAAGUUACUGAAGAUUGUUGUCAGCAUUGGAUGGGAAAAUAAUAACUGUAGUUUAGAGCGGCAUAUUAAAGCAUUUUUACCUGAGGGAAAUGAUGAGAAUGCCAAUGAUUGUGAGAUGGAGCUUGUUUUAGUGGGAUAUAUCAGAGGAUCAUAUGGGAAGGAAACAACAUAUGCUCUUGACAUUCUUGAUGAAGACAAAUGUACAGCAAGAUCUGCUUUUUGUCAACCAGAAUUUUCAGUUGAUGCUUGUAUGUCCUUAUUUCAGCAGUUUAAUGAGUGAAUAGAUAAUUUGGAGGACAUGAGAUUCUGAACGUGUUAUUUUGCAUGUAUAUACAUAUAGCCUGAGCAUAAGAAGAAGCCCUUUCAGUGUAUUUGUUUUGAACUACCCUCAGUCCCGAAAGAGUGAUAAGGAUAACGUAA